AAGUGUCUAAUACUACUUAAAGUAGGUACUUUGUACUGUUACUGAGUAGGUAUCUACUCGUGAGGCUCUUACGGAGACGAGUAUACCUAGUAACUGGUCGGCUCACUAGAAGCUUAUUAUCGAUGAAGAUAUAUGAUAGGUUGUAAGAUAAUAGAGAACGUAAGUGAAAAUAUGAUUAAAGAAUCAUUACCACCGAGUGGUGUCGACGUCCACGAGAUAGCGAUAUUAGAUGCAAACGACAGCAAAAAAACUAUCGAUGGAAACGAUGACCGAAACAACAAGUUCGCCUCGAUUAUCGUCCGAGCGAUCUCGAUGGUGCUUGGCGUGAGUGUGGAUGAGAUCUACUAUAUCGCAGAUACCACUACCUUCAUCAAGCUUGGAGGUAACUCACUAUCCGCAAUCCUCAUUUCUGCAGAAUGUCAGAGAAAAGGGAUUUUGGUACCGGCCGGAGUAUUCUUGCGGAUAUCAACUGUGAAAGAAGUCAUAACAACAGCUGCGAGCUUGGCUCAGCGGAUAUCAAGCCCUAUACCUACAAUCAUAGUGACAGAAGAUACUAGCGAUGAUGUCAACGAUGAUAUUAGCGGCGAUGAGGCAUCAUCUAUAUAUACUUCGAUCACGACGCCGGACCCGGAGACGGAAGACUUAUCUCUGUUUAGUUGUGGAAAGGAGGUUAUCACAGCAGAAAGCCUUCUGAGUAAAAUUGACACCACCGAAUGGACGGAACCGCAGCUACUUCUGCUUCGGGAAACCUCUCAAAACCACAAGUUAAACAUAUUGACAAUACACGAGUCUUACACGGGUGACUGGGAUGUCCAAGACGUCUGCGACGCCUGGAUGAAUACGAUUGUAGCGGAGCCAAUUUUCAAGGAUCUCCUUGACGACUUAGAUGUUUUACCACAGCAACUUUUACCCCGGGAGAUAAUUCAAACCGACAGCGAUGAAGAUUUACAGAAAGAGACUCUUCACGCAGCUCACGCUACCGGUCCUAUAUCCAGACUCACAGUUGUACAGUCAUCUUCGCCUUCGGCAUCGGGGGAAACGGCGAAGUCUACUACUGUCGUCUGGCGCAUACAUCAUGCGUUCAUGGAUGGCUAUUCUGCUCAUAUUCUACGCGAUAAGAUCACUCGUACUUUACGAGGAGGAGAGUUUGUUGUCCCUGCGGGCCCGUCAUUCAGGGAGACUGUGCGUUUUCUGGGAGUCUUACGAGAAGAAAGAAGCGAAUCUACGAGACGCUUCUGGAAUAGCAAACGCGAGAAAUUUCCCACUGCAACUGGCGAGUUAUGCCUGAGUCCGCAAAGGAUAGCCAAGACGGCAGAGGUUACCCCUCAGAAAUCUGCCACGAUCCAAUUUCCCAGUAGACAACUAGCAGAAGCCGUAACACGAACGGGAUAUACCACGACGGUGUUCUUCGCUGCAGCAUGGGCCCUGACUCUUGGCAAGUUUGUGGAUGUCGAUCAGGUCUGCUUCGGAGUAGUGUUCUCAGGACGCGACUUGCCAAUUCCUGGAGCUUUCGAUGUCGUCGGACCUCUGAUUAAUAUCUUGCCGCUGUUCGUACAAGUACCAACCAAAGGCGACGAGACCUCGGUUGAAACGUUCUUACGGCGGAUUCAUGAUGACAUUCUUGACUUAAGCAAUGUCCAACAUUCAGACACCACAGAGGGAUUUGAUAGGAAAUUAUACUCCAUCAUGGCUACGCAAUUCGAAUGUGACGAAGAGGAGGUCCCAAGCCCGAUCCAUAUAGAUCGAAACAGACCCGAUAUGCAGUCCGGAAUUCCUCUGAACAUCGUUAUUAAGGAAGAAUGCCGAUUGCAAAUGCUGUACUCGACUGCCCACUUUGCGGACGAGGACAUGAGCAAUUUGCAAGCCGUGUUUAAAAACAGCAUGAACUGUCUUCUGCAAGGAAACGACGCAAAUCGAUUAGUAUCAAGCGUAAAUGAUGCGCUACUACCACAGGAUAUGGAGAAGACGAUCCGAGACUGGAGUAACUGCGCCUCCUUCGAGACCUUAGAUGAAUCCAAGGGGGACGAUCUAGUGACGCUCUUCGAAAGUGUCGUAGCGAGACAACCUAACGAUCUGGCGAUCAUUCAUGGCGAACUCGAGGUAUCCUACGACGACUUAGAUCAAGCGGCCGCCAUUGUCGCGCAGAAAUUAAGUUUGAUUGAACCCAACGAGGCCGUCUGCGUCUACGCCGACCGAUCGGUGAAUUGGCUUGUCGCCAUCUUCGGCGUGCUAAAGGCAGGCGGAGUGUACGCUCCGUUAGAUCCCUCAGCGCCAGUGUCCAUGCGGCAGGCGAAUUUCAUUCGGAGCGGGGCGCGCGCCGUGCUUGUUCCCUCGCGUGCUACAUCUCGGCGCAUCGUUUCGUCGCGACAGGAAGAGGAUGAUGCGGCUCCGUUCCAAUGUCUGGUAUUAGGCGUUGAUGAUCUACUCGCGGCCGACAGUGCCCAGGCGCGCAAUGGCUUCGAGGCGUGUUAUCCAAGGAGGCGUAUUGCCCGCCCGGAUGAUCUCGCUUAUAUCUGCUUCACGUCUGGGUCGACCGGACAGCCCAAAGCCGUACAAUGUACUCAUAAGGGCUUGGUGGCUUUUCAAAAGGACCGGGUUGUUCGUCUAGGUGCUUCGAAAGGCGUCGUGGUUGCCCAGAUAAUGUCUCCAGUCUUUGACGGCAGCAUACAUGAAAUAUUUUCUGCAUUGACGCAUGGCGCCACGUUACGGUUGGCGUCGCCUGAUCAUCAGGGAGACCCUUUUUCGCACCUACGGGAUAGCGAUGUGGCCAUCUUGACUCCCUCUAUCGCCAAGGCACUUGAUCCCAACCAGUAUCCUCGGCUGAAAAAUGUUUACCUCGUCGGUGAAGCCGUUCCCCAGUCCCUUUGUGAGACGUGGACUAAGAACCGCUCGCUGUACAACAUGUACGGACCAACUGAAGCGACUUGUGGCACAACGAUCAAGCAGCUGUUCCCGAACGAAGCUGUCUCCCUUGGUCGACCGAACCCGUCGAGUAGAGUAUACAUCCUCGAUCGUAGUCUUAGUCUACUCCCACCCGGCGUAGUCGGCGAGUUGUAUAUUGCAGGAAUACAAGUAUCAUGUGGAUAUAUCAAGCUGCCGGAGCAGAAUGCAAGCCGCUUUUUAGAGGACUCGGUCAUGCCGGAGACCGGCCAGAAGAUGUAUAGGACUGGCGACUAUGCUUAUUGGAACAGUGCGACUGGAGAUAUCUGUAUCCUUGGACGUAAAGACCGACAGAUCAAGCUGAAUGGCUUCAGACUAGACCUUGAUGACUUAGAAGCACGAGUCGCAAAGGCUAUCCCUGGAUGCGGAGGUACUGCCAUAUUCCGCCGCGACGACCACCUAAUAGCAGCCUAUCAAACUACUUCGCCUGAUGAAAUUAGCACAUUGGACGUGAAAGCAUUUAUUAGCAAUACCUUACCUCCGUACGCCAUGCCCCAGAGAAUCGUCGCAUUUAACGAGUUCCCUCUUACCGCGGCGGGUAAACUUGAUUAUAAGACGAUUGAAAAAUCCAUCAGCGCGAGUCUUGCAGAUACUAACAUUGAAGCCCUACCGCAGAAGAGGACUAUUGGCGCGACUGAGAUUAUAGUCGUGAGUAUCGUUCGUGACUUCAUGAAGCUCGACCCAAGCGUACCUGUAGAUCACGACUCGAAUCUCACGGAACUUGGCUGCCAUUCUAUCCUGCAGCUACAAUUGGCGAGUCGAAUAUCAUCACUCGUUAAGCGGCACUUCCCAGUACGAAAAGUUAUCGAGAAUCUUGUAGUAUCACGUCUGGCAUCUGCCAUUGACGAUAUACUGAAGGAAGACAACGUAAUCGAUGUAGCCAUUUCAGAACCCCUAUCGAGCCUUGCUUCUGACAGUAUAACUCUCGGAGAAAGCGAGGUAUCGUCUAUCGAACGCGAUUGGUUUUUGAAAUACCAGCGAAACCUUGGGACAUCGUCGUUCAACGUAUCCCACGUCUCGGAGUUAGACGCGUCCUUUGACCAACAUCAGGCAUUGGUAUCAGCUUGGAAUGUGGUCCUUGCAAGACAUGAUAUUUUGCGCUGUAGAUUUCGCCAAUCUGCAGACGGUAGUGUGGAAAGAUCAUAUGCAGUCAAAUCUCCCAAGGCUGUAUAUGCUGAGGAUUUCGAUGUCCGAGCUGCGAUCAACAAGGAAUUCUUACUUGAGUCGGAAGACCCGAUCCGAGUACUGCUGUCAAAGCGCUACAUGCUGGUUUGUGUGAGCCAUAUCAUAUGUGACUACACAACUCUCAACCGCCUAUUUGAGGAACUUGCGGCGGUAUAUUUUAAUGAUCAUAGUGAAGAAUUAUCCUUAGCCCCCCAAAAGCGAUACCAGGACACGACAUAUUGGAAUCUCGACGUCGACCAAGCCACAGCCAAUUUCUGGAAAUCGUACCUAUCCGGCAUUGAUGUUUCAGAAAUGCCACCAUACAUGAAAAAGCCUCGUACUUCAUACCACGGCGAAUCCCUGUUAUUUCGCCUAUCAAAAGACACAAUGACAAACCUUCGAACAGUCUCGCGAUCGCUACGUCUUACACUACAUCAGAUCGCCCUAGCAGUCGUGUCCCUAGUUCUCCAGGCUGAUAAUCCGUCAAAGCAAGACUUAUUCCUCGGCAGUCCAUACCUCGGGCGACAGGAGGACGACAUGCGUACCAUCGGAUUAUUCCUACAGCCGCUCCCAAUUCGUAUCCGGAGACGAUCAAACCAAGACGAGAGUGACUUCAAGGAAGCCUCUUUAGCAACUUUCCUUCAGGCCGUGCAAGAAUCCUCGCGCUCUUCCCUCGGCCAUGCCAUUCAUUGGGAUUCUCUAAUGGAUAUUCUUGCAUCUUCAGACGAUGAGAAAUUACGAUUAGCCGCGGCUACAGAGAUUCCCAACAAUCCGCUGUUCGACGCCAUGGUCACCUUCCACGAACUCGAUACUACCGGAAAAUCGUCGUCGUCCACCAUUCCCGGGAUCCAGCCGUUAGUGAACUGGGCUGAAGGAGCUAAGUUUGGGAUCAUGUUUGAAUUUUCAGCCGUCAGCUCGUCGUCGGUAACACUCCGCGUCGAGUACGACACAUCGCUAUUUUCGUCAGACGAGGUGCGGCUCUUUGUUGCGCGGAUCGAUUCUGGGUUGAGAUAUUUCUGCGAAACCCCAGAAUCUGUUACACUUGGGGAAUUGGAAGGUAAACUUUCAGAUGUUGGAGUUGGAGGUUUGUCUGGCAGGAUCGAGAAUGUGGAAUUUGGUACCCCUAUUGCGGCUUUGACAUAGGGGUAGUCCACGGGAGUUGUCGGGUUUGAUUACCAAGGCGUUAGGGGUUAUUGUUUUACAGUAGGGGCGUAAUACCAUUUUUCAUGUUUUGGGGCUUGUGGACGUGAUUUAUUAGUAUAUUUUUACAUUUUGUAGUUUAGGUAGUUUUAU